AUGCAUCGGGGGUGCCGACAUGCGGACAAUCAACCAGCCCGCGCAGGCGUGCUCACGCUCAUCACACAAGGCUGCUGGAGUUUGUUGUCGAGGUUGAGCCCGAGAGUAGGCAUACCUCCUCGUGAUUCUGCUGGAGAUUAUCAGCCAGAUCGCGCCGGCGUGCUCGCGCUCACCGUGAUGAAUCGUCUCACGCCGCUGCUGGCGUAUCUCGACGGGGCCGGGCUGAAGCACGGCGCCGAUCUUCUUCGUGCUGUUGCCGGGGAUUGUCAAUCAGCCCGCGCAGGUGUGCUCGCGUUCGUUGCGCGAGGCUGCUGGAGUUUGUUGUCGAGGUUGAGCCCGAGAGUAGGCAUAUCUCCUCGUGAUUCUGCUGGAGAUUAUCAGCCAGAUCGCGCCGGUGUGCUCGCGCUCACCAGGACGGAGCGUCUCGUGCCGCUGCUGGCGUAUCUCGACGGGGCCGGGCUGAAGCACGGCGCCUAUCUUCCUCAUGCUGUUGCCGGGGAUUGUCAACCAACCCGCGCAGGCGUGCUCGCGUUCGUUGCAUACCUCCUCGUGAUUCUGCUGGAGAUUAUCAGCCAGAUCGCGCCGGCGUGCUCGCGCUCACCGUGA